AAGCAGGGGGAGGAGAUAGUGAGUCUCACGAUGAAGCACGUUUGCAGAAAGGUUGAAGAAGGCAGACGAGAGCGACACACACACUGCAGCAUGUUUUGUUUUCUGGUGCUGGCCUGUGUGCUCUGCAAAGGACAAGCUGCAGUACAGAGAGGUGGUGAAAUUAUAAAUCAAAUUAAAAUGUCGAACCUUGCCCUGUCGGAGAUAAAAGAGCUUCUGAAACAAAUGAUUCAAGAGAUGGUUUUCCUCAAGAAUACGGUGAUGGAGUGUGAUGCCUGUGGGACGGGAAGGGGGAUGCCUCGCCAUUCCUGCGUGCCCAACCCCUGCUACCCUGGUGUAAGGUGUAUAGAGACACCUCGUGGUCCAAGUUGUGGCCCCUGUCCGGAAGGCAUGGAGGGUAAUGGCACCCACUGCACUGACGUGGAUGAGUGUUCUGUGAUACCGUGCCACAGGGGUGUGCGGUGCAUCAAUACUUUGCCGGGGUUCCACUGUGGUCCGUGUCCGUCGGGAUACAGCGGACCUCAGGUACACGGCGUCAGCAUCGCUUACGCCACUGCCAACAAGCAGGUGUGCAAGGACAUUGACGAAUGUGACAUCCGCACAAAUGGCGGCUGUGUUGAGAAUUCCAUCUGUCUGAAUACUCCAGGAUCCUUCAGAUGUGGCCCUUGUAAGAGGGGUUACGUGGGUGACCAGCGACUGGGUUGCAGGCCCGAGAGAGCGUGUGGCAACGGCCAGCCGAGCCCUUGUCAUGCCAGCGCAGAGUGCGCCAUCCAUCGAGAUGGAAAGAUUGAAUGUCAAUGUGGAGUUGGAUGGGCUGGCAAUGGUUUCCUGUGUGGACCUGACAUCGAUAUUGAUGGUUUCCCAGAUGAGAAGUUGGACUGUGCUGAGAGGAACUGUGCCAAGGACAAUUGUCUCACAGUGCCCAACUCUGGUCAAGAGGAUGCUGAUCGUGAUGGGAUUGGAGAUGCCUGUGAUGAAGAUGCAGAUGGUGAUGGGAUCCCCAACACACAGGACAACUGCGUGCUUGUUCCCAACGUGGAUCAAAGGAACAUCGACGAAGAUGACUUCGGCGAUGCUUGCGACAACUGCCGUGCUGUCAAAAACAACGACCAAAAGGACACCGAUGUGGACAAAUUUGGGGAUGAAUGUGAUGAAGAUAUCGAUGGGGACGGAAUCCCCAAUUACUUGGAUAACUGCAAAAGAGUUCCCAAUGCUGACCAGAUAGAUCGCGAUAGAGACAACGUUGGAGACGCCUGUGAUAGCUGUCCGUAUGUUCCCAACCCAGACCAGUCUGAUGCGGAUAACGACCUAAUCGGAGACCCUUGCGACACCAACAAAGACAGUGAUGGUGACGGUCACCAAGACUCUCGAGACAACUGCCCAGCUGUCAUCAACAGCUCCCAGCUAGAUACUGACAAAGACGGCAAAGGAGAUGAGUGUGAUGAUGAUGAUGAUGACGAUGGCAUUCCGGACCUCCUGCCACCGGGCCCUGAUAACUGCCGUUUAAUCCCGAACCCCCUGCAGGAGGAUUCUGACGGCAAUGGCAUUGGCAAUGUGUGUGAGAGAGAUUUCGACAACGACACCAUCAUUGACACCAUCGACGUUUGUCCUGAAAACGCUGAGGUCACGCUCACUGACUUCAGGGAGUAUCAGACUGUGGUUUUAGAUCCAGAAGGUGACGCUCAGAUUGACCCCAACUGGGUGGUGCUGGAUCAGGGCAGAGAGAUUGUCCAGACAAUGAAUAGUGAUCCUGGGUUGGCCGUUGGUUACACUGCUUUUAGUGGUGUCGAUUUUGAAGGGACAUUUCAUGUCAACACGGUGACAGACGACGACUAUGCAGGAUUUAUUUUCGGGUAUCAGGACAGCUCCAGUUUCUAUGUGGUGAUGUGGAAGCAGGUGGAGCAGAUCUACUGGCAGGCCAACCCAUUCAGAGCUGUGGCAGAACCGGGGAUCCAACUGAAGGCUGUCAAGUCCAACACUGGCCCUGGUGAGAACCUGAGGAAUGCCCUGUGGCACACCGGCGACACGAGCGACCAGGUGAAGCUGCUGUGGAAAGAUGCUCGCAAUGUCGGCUGGAAGGACAAGACGUCUUAUCGCUGGUUCCUCCAGCACCGACCCGCUGAUGGCUACAUCAGGGUUCGCUUCUAUGAGGGUCCUCAGGUGGUGGCAGACACAGGUGUCAUUAUAGACGCCACCAUGAGGGGAGGUCGACUUGGAGUUUUCUGCUUCUCCCAGGAGAAUAUCAUCUGGGCCAACCUGCGUUAUCGCUGCAACGACACGAUACCAGAAGACUUCGACACCUAUCGUGCGCAGCAUGUUCAGCUGGUGGCCUGAAGGAAAUGACCCACGAGCCCUUCAAAGAGUGCCAAUAAUAUUCAUUCCAAUCUCAGACUGGUUUACACUCAUCAGAAGAUUCCCAGCAGAUGAAAACACAAAUGGAAAUUCGACAAAAUAUGUAUUUUUUAGCUUGUUUUGGUUUACAAUUUUAGCAAACUGCCACAUCAGAAUGAAAUUGUUUCUUUGUUAAAUGAUACAUGGAGUCUGCAGGUAACCGUUGAUAGAAUUACGUUUGAAGUCGCUGCAAUUUUCAAAAUUCAUGUAUUAACUGUCAAGUUUGGCAGUUAUUUGGUCAGACACUCUAACACUCUAGUUAUGGUCACACGUUUCUGCACAUCCAUCAAAGGGAUGUCCAUUUUUUUUUCAACUAAAGUUGAGUGCUUUAACAUACACACACUGUACAGUACAUUCCCCCCCAUUCACAUUUGAUAAAAUGUCCCUGCACGUUUCCCUUUGUCACAGCUGGCAUCAUUCUGGGUAAGUGUUUGACUAUUUAACACUUAUUGCCAGAAUUGGUAGUGUUAAUUCAAAUUGGACAAUUCACUGGCAUGGACCAACCUUUUAAGCACAGUCCAUGUUUAAUAAAUUGAAUGUCUAGCUCAUUUUUCAGGGAUGUUUGCACCCCUAAAAUGAAAGAUAAUAUAUAUAUUUUAAACUGUAUCUCAUUUUCAAACAAGCUAGAAAAGUGUGGAGGCAUGCAGUGCUUGGUUAGCUCACUAUCGACAAAGAGCAUGUUGCACAUAUAACUUGUACCAUUCUAUCCCAACACAUUAUCAUAACAUUUCUCAUUUUUUGCUGCAUUUAAUCAAGGCUAAGUGCUGUUCGGCGGGGAUGAACUGACAUUUUCUCAAGUCAGGAAACAUUUCAUAUGGUCAGACUGACCGCUGAGAGAUGAAGACCACGGUCUCCUGUUUGAAUUGGAAAUAGCAGAAGCUAGCUGUUGUGUCCUACACACGUGCUAAUAUCAAAGCCAAAUUGCUACUACGUACAAAUGAAGUGACUGCAUGUUGAUUACCAUUAUAAAUGCUAUACAAAGACAGAUAGCAGAGCGGAGAGGAUUUAACAUAUUAGUUAUUCAAAGUAUUCAGAGGUCAACAUCUGUUUAUGUGUUUUAUAUGUUGUGCAUUGCAUUCCAACGAAAAGUCCCCAAAAUAAAUCCAGGGUGACAGAAAAAAUGCUUGCUGUUAUACAUGUGUCUGUAGAGGUGCUGCUGUAUUAAAAUGAGGCGUUUGCCCCCAGAAAUUAGCGUUAUGAAACAAUUUGAUGAAUCUAAUCCAUUACUUUUUUGCUGGGGCUCAAAAUUGAAUUCAACUUUAUCGGAAAUGGGUUUACUCGCAAACUUACCUAAAAAGUGGGAAAGCUUCUCUUUCUUAAAUGUGGGAGAAAAAUAGCAUUUAAUGCGCAAAACAGUGAAGUUCAUCUUGCCUCUUACCCUUAAACCUCUGAUCCUAGAAUGACCGGGUUCCAAUCAUCCAAAAGCUUAAGGUGAAUCUGCUUCAAUUUGAUGUGAUCUUGUAAAUCAAAAUGGAAGUCGUCUUUUCUGAAAUUGUAAUGCCAUCCACGCUGCGCAUCGCACCGGUAGGCUCCCACGGGCAUGAUUGCUACCACCAGGGUGUGGUGGGAGUGACUCCUCCAACAUCCAAAGCUUGAAAGUUGUCAAUUUCACAUCUGAGGCUUCUUUCUUGGUCCAUAAAAUUAGGUUCACUAUGGACAAUGACACUAGUGUUCCAGUAGUUUACAGAUCAGGACAGGCUUGAACCUUGGUGGGUCCUGGACAUCCAAAGUAAUUUGCUGUGAUCUGAGGGUGGCACUUUGGCCCUACUUGGUAAAGCCGAGACACAUCCAAAUACAGUCGCUUACAGUUCGGUGAAUUGCAUGAGCUCGGAAAUUGCAGUUGUUUGGAAUCUGCUCCAAAGGACUUUGUUGACUUCUAGAAAUCAAUUCUAUUACUUGGAACUCUGUCAAACAUUGUUUGUGCAGGCAAAAAAAAAAAAAAAAAAAAAAAAACAGCUCCAGUCACUCAUGACCAGGGGGCAGGGUGGACAUCAGGAAUUUCGGAAAAAAAAAAUAUAUAUAUAUCUAAAUUCCUGAACGGCCAGUGUAUUUCUGGGCUGGUCCUGGCCAUCACCUGGCUAGCAAAUGUCAUCCGCCUCGUUCCUGACUAUGACUAUUGAUGACUAUUCACGCGCUUAAUUUUGGUCACAGCACAUCCCUGAUAAUGACUAUGAGAGGUUAAAGGUCGAUUCAAUUUAUAAGCCAUUCAAGGACCUGCGGGACUACUUAUUAAAAGAUUUAUGUGGAAUUAGGGCUUUCGCUUGUCUAAUCUUCACAGUGUGGAUUAGAGACCUUUCUAAGUAAAUGCCAAUUGGUGCAUCCCAAAAACAAAAAAAAAAAAAACAAACAUUUGACACAAUUGAGUUUCCACCCAGGAAAAGGAAUGUUUCUUAUAAGUUAAAAGUCCAAAAUGAAUGAUUCUUGUCCACGACUGUGUGUAAAUCUGUGACUGGUUGCAACAACAAAGCUGAAACAUGCACUUGAAGUCACAAACAUACUUUCCGUAACUCAACAGAUUUUAGUGGUAAUCAAACUUAACAUUUCACAAGCAUGCACAUAUCGAAAAUAAUCUUUCAGAUUUGUAUUUGGAAAUACAGAUUACAAAAAAAAAAAAAAAAAAGACAAAAUACAGCAGGGUUAAAACAUCAUGCAUGUCCACAGCAACACGCUGCCAUAUUGAGAGUUUCGCAGUCGGAACAUUUUGCAAAUCAAGACGAUGUGCAGAAAAAUAUGUCAUCCACAUUCAAUUUAAUUGACAUUUUUCUUUCAGCCUAUAAACAAACGGUCACAUUAGGAGAAUCACAUGGCAACAAAUAAAUACCUACAGAUCAGUUACUACGACUUACAGGACAACAGUGAUAAAAUGCUAUUCUCACUAGAAGCUUUAAGAGGAACUUACAGUAACUUGCAUUUUUCUGGAGCCUUUGACUUGAAUGAACUGUACAGUUCUUUAGAAAAUGGCGUUGAAUUAAAGGGACCGUUUAGUCUGACCC